ACUCUGAAUCCGAACGCGCUUUGCUGAAGCUCAGUGGAAAGAAUAUGAGCCAAGUGUUCGCCCCACCUCCCGUUCUGAACCUCGGUGGGAUAGUCUUUGGGGGUCCUCGACCUUCCACAAGUUUCUCUAGUCCCCAACGCCAAAGCACAACUGCCAUUGCUUCAACCUCUGGUACCUCCAACUUCUCCGAUCUUCCCAGUGCCACUUCUCCUCAAACCUCUUUUCGUACCGAUGCUUCCACCUCACGUUUACCUGCACCUCAACCUAUAUCCCCCAUAGCUGAACCCGCUCAAGCGACGCAUGUGGUGACGAAUAUCUUACACCUGCAGCCAAAACCUCCGAGCACCACGCUGCCAUACCAUCUAGGCAAACACAAGGAGAGGUCUCAAGUCCUCCAGCGAUGCCAGGAGGAGGAUGCGGAGUGGGUAGCAGUGGCACUGGAGCGACAUGCGGAAAUGCUCCAAGAUAGAGAGGAUCUCAGAGAAAGAGAAAUAGCCCGAGCUAUAGAAGUACAAACGGAGACAGGAGUCGAUCUCGGAUAUGGACUCGAACUCUCUCGUAAUGAUCGAUACCGAGUAGUGCGCGUAGGAGAACAGCAAUCUGCACCACUUUUCAAAGACCCGCCUCCCAGCAACGAAAUUGUCAUUAAAGAAGAAGAGGUCGAAGUUCGACUAGAAAGACCCCUAGAACCCAUUCUCAACGAAGAGAUUGAAUUGUAUGAAGAACAACUGUUCCAGACCAUUGAAGGGAUCCUCGGUAGGCCUCAGCAAGAAUAUGCCGAGAGCGAGUGCAGCUAUGACGAGACACCCCAACCAACUCGGGUGACCAAAGCAGUCAACCACAAUGGAACUACUACCGCUGCCGUAGCACAAGGACCAAGUAGCUCCCAAACUAAAAAAUCCAAAUUUGGUCAACGCGACUCAGAAGAUGAUCUGGAUUCGUUAAGCAGCCUUACUUCCGAGGAGUCUGCUCCUGCCCCAAAGAAGCGAAAAUUGAACAAAAAGCAGGCAAUAGACGAAAGGGAGACCACCGAGGAGGUAGUGAUCGAACAGCCAAAGAAACGGAACGCCGCUUUGGCAUCAAGUACACGGCCCACAAGACAAACCGCUGCUAAUAAAGGUAAAAAGAACAUUAAAGUUAUAGGAUCUGGCGAAAGUGAACGAACUGAGGACGACGAGAUUGCAUUAGUGGAAGAAAGCCUCUCCGGGCAAGUGGAAGGCUCCGGAAGCUUCGAGAAGCCUCCGCUGCAACGUCUCAAGCAUCUUCAAGAACUGUCAAGGCUCGUAACGGCACAAGCUCUAGGCGUCGCUAAAUCAUAG